GCCGAGCGCCGCCGCCGCCCCGGAGGCCCGGCCGGUCCGAGAAGGCCGCGCGCCCGAGGCCGGAGCCAUGGGCGAGACGAAGAUCAUCUACCACCUGGACGGGCAGGAGACGCCGUACCUGGUGAAGCUGCCCCUGCCCGCCGAGCGCGUCACCCUGGCGGACUUUAAGGGCGUCCUGCAGCGCCCCAGCUAUAAGUUCUUCUUCAAGUCUAUGGACGACGACUUCGGAGUGGUGAAGGAGGAGAUCUCAGAUGACAAUGCCAAGCUACCCUGCUUCAAUGGCCGGGUGGUGUCCUGGCUGGUGUCGGCUGAGGGCUCACACCCAGAGCCAGCCCCCUUCUGUGCUGACAACCCAUCGGAGCUGCCGCCACCUCUGGAGCGGACAGGAGGCAUCGGGGACUCCCGACCCCCAUCCUUCCACCCGCAUGCUGGUGGGGGCAGCCAGGAGAACCUGGACAAUGACACAGAGACGGACUCCUUGGUGUCUGCCCAGCGAGAGCGGCCACGCCGGAGGGACGGCCCAGAGCAUGCAACCCGGCUAAAUGGAGCUGCGAAGGGGGAGCGGCGGCGAGAACCGGGAGGUUACGAUAGCUCGUCCACCCUUAUGAGCAGCGAGUUGGAGACCACCAGCUUCUUUGACUCCGACGAGGACGACUCCACCAGCAGGUUCAGCCGCUCCACAGAGCAGAGCAGAGCCUCUUGCCUCAUGAGGAGAAACAAGCGGCGGCGGCGGAAGCAGAAGGUGUCCCGGAUGGAGCGGUCCUCGUCCUUCAGCAGCAUCACGGACUCCACCAUGUCACUGAACAUCAUCACCGUUACUCUCAACAUGGAGAAAUAUAACUUCCUGGGCAUCUCCAUCGUGGGCCAGAGCAACGAGCGUGGCGACGGGGGCAUCUACAUCGGCUCCAUCAUGAAGGGCGGGGCCGUGGCUGCUGACGGGCGCAUCGAGCCGGGAGACAUGCUGUUACAGGUGAACGAGAUUAACUUUGAGAACAUGAGUAACGACGAUGCAGUCCGGGUGCUGCGUGAGAUUGUGCACAAACCAGGGCCCAUCACCCUGACUGUGGCCAAGUGCUGGGACCCCAGUCCACGUGGUUGCUUCACACUGCCCAGGAGCGAGCCCAUCCGGCCCAUUGACCCUGCGGCCUGGGUCUCCCACACUGCAGCCAUGACGGGCACCUUCCCUGCCUACGGCAUGAGCCCCUCCCUGAGCACCAUCACCUCCACCAGCUCCUCCAUCACCAGUUCCAUCCCUGACACAGAGCGCCUAGAUGACUUCCACCUGUCCAUCCACAGUGACAUGGCUGCCAUCGUGAAGGCCAUGGCCUCUCCUGAAUCAGGGCUGGAGGUCCGUGACCGCAUGUGGCUCAAGAUUACCAUCCCCAACGCCUUCAUCGGCUCAGAUGUGGUGGACUGGCUGUACCACAACGUGGAAGGCUUCACUGACCGGCGGGAGGCCCGCAAGUAUGCCAGCAACCUGCUGAAAGCCGGCUUCAUCCGCCACACCGUCAACAAGAUCACCUUCUCUGAGCAGUGCUACUACAUCUUCGGGGACCUCUGUGGCAACAUGGCCAACCUGUCCCUCCACGACCACGAUGGCUCCAGCGGCGCCUCUGACCAGGACACGCUGGCCCCUUUGCCUCACCCGGGGGCCGCCCCUUGGCCCAUGGCGUUCCCUUACCAGUACCCACCACCCCCGCACCCCUACAAUCCCCACCCUGGCUUCCCGGAGCUGGGCUACAGCUAUGGCGGGGGCCCCCCGGUGCUGAUGAUGCCCCCGCCGCCCGCGGCCAUGGGGCCCCCAGGAGCCCCUCCGGGCCGCGACCUGGCCUCCGUGCCCCCCGAACUGACCGCCAGCAGACAGUCCUUCCGCAUGGCCAUGGGAAACCCCAGUGAGUUCUUUGUGGAUGUGAUGUGAGCAGGGCCGUCUCCCCCUCUUCCAUCCCACCCCUACCCGGCCAGCUGGUCCCUCUCCAUCCGUCCGUCCGUGGUUUUUUUUUUUCUUUUUUUACUUUGUCUGGUACCUGAAAGGGAAAUAAACGGAACUAAAUCCAGGUGCGCUAACCCUGGCCGGAGCAGCAGGGCAGGUGCACCUGCAGGUUGGCUCCGCCCCCUGCCCCGCCUCUGGCCCCAGUUUGUUCCCUGCUCACUAACGCUGCGUGGGACCUCCCCGGAUCCUUCAUGUCCCCGACUGGACUUGCUGGUGCUACCCCUUAUUCCCCUCGUCCCUCCCCUUCCAAUUUAGGAGCUGACCCAGGGGUGUCCUUGGGGGCAAGCUUCCCCUCUCACCCCCCAGUUCCCGCUCAACGUUCAUUCAGCUAUCACCCCUAUUAACCCCCCUCAGGCAUGUGUGCACACCUCUUUACUUUGCCCCAGGAAACCAACACCAAAAACGUCUUUGCCUCAUCUGCCCCCGGAACUGCCCUGCCUGCUGCCUCAGUCCUGAUCCCAGAGCGUGGUCCUCUGCUGGUAGCCAUCCCAGCUCUCCCUGCCUGUGCCCAGCCCUGAGCAGAGGACCCGAGAGCUGGCUGGGUCGCCUGAGCCCCUCGGGCUUCCAGGGAGCCCCUCUGCUCUACCCCAUUCCUGCCUGUGUGCUGGCUCCCUCCAACCCUCACCCUACUAACCAGCAGCUCAUUUCACCUCCAGGCCUGAAACGUUUCUUUUCUUUCUUUUUUUCCUCCCCCAAUUAACCCUGGGCCUGGAGCAGCCAAGAAUUUCGGGCUGUUUGACUUUCUGUGAGCCCCCAGAGAGGGGAGGCCCAACCUCCGAGGAGACCAGGAACCCUGCUUCUGCAGCCCGUCAGGGCUUCCCAAGGAUGUCCAGCCCCUCACCCACACCAGUCACUAGGCUUCUGG